AUGGCGACAAUGGAAGAGGUCUUCCAUUGCCGAUGGGGUCCACGGUCGGUGUGCUCGGAGAUUAUUGACACAAAGAACUCGACCAUGGCCAUCGACCUUUGGUCGGUCGUAAAUUACAUCACAGAUCGCCCACUAGCGAGGCCCAAACGUCACCAGGAGCAGGAGCAGCUCGCGGGCUUCCCAGACGUCCCGACCCGCAAUCCAGCCCGCGCUGCCAAUGUGAGUCAGGUGCUCUCGGCCCGCGGGCCCGAAGUUCAGCCCGCGAACAGCACGCAAGCUCUGCAGCGUCCCAGGCCCAAUUCCGCGGCCCAAUCCCCGUGUUGGGCGGCCCAGAGGCGCGCACAUAGCCCAAUUUCCUGGCAGCUUCAACGACGCUUUUCCCUGCUCCUGUCUUGUGGUGGGUCUGGACGGAUAGGUCCUUCGGCGGGGGCGGCCCUCGGUCUCAGCAGGGGUGCUUGA